CAGUACAAUCCCUACCAUACCGUUUCUUCUAUGACCAACCUGCUGAAAGGCUGGACGUCCAACUGCCACGACUGCUCCAAAUGCAGCCACUUUCCCCCAUAUUUGCCUCUCCCAGCCAUCUUUUUGUCACCUCUGGCACAACACCAGCUUCAUGCCCAACCACCAUCAGUUUCAUCAUCAUCAUCCUCAUUGACAUCACCCGCUGGCAUGACUGAGGUCAGAAGCCAGGCUGUGUCCGUGGUUGCAUCACAGCCCAAUCUGGCAACUUUGUUUCGUGCAGCUGUAAUGAAAAGUAAGAGAUCACAGAGCUGGUCAGAGUCAUAUGAUGAUUUCAAGGUCAUAGAGGAGAAGGACCCCAGGGAGAAGGAGAUAGAGAAAGAACGCAGGCAGCACCACAGUAACAGCAAAAUGCUGGAUCCUGAACUGAAGCUUCAGCACGAGCAGAUGAAGCAGGCAUAUGCUGAGAUUCUCUUCAAGUGGGGCCUGCUCAAUGAGAGAACUCAAGUGUUGAAGUACACAGAUAUCACAGAGGCAGACAGCAGCAUCAUUGAGUUCCCAGUGACUUGCUGUAAUUGCUCAGAAGAAGUCAGAGGGGUCCAGUGUAACAGGUGCAGGUAUCCGGCUCUGAGGUGUUCCAUAUGUCACAUCGGUGUCAGAGGUACAGCUAACCUAUGCCUGGCUUGUGGACACGGAGGCCACACCGCACACAUGAUGAUCUGGUUCACUUCUUACACAGUUUGUCCCACAGGCUGCGGCUGUAGCUGCCUGCAGGAGAACACCCUCUGA